ACAAUGCGCCCGUUAUAGCAAUAUAUUUGCUCGAAAAACAAACACCUAGCGACGGUAAUGUACAUAAUAUGGCUGUGAAUGUUUCCCACACAAUGCCCUGUUUAAUGUUGACACAUUGGCCUCUGACACUGAAAAUCAGUGAAAGCAUGCAGAAUUCAGCUUCAUGUUUACUGACGUGUUUCAGUCCACACAGGCGAGCUUGUACAACAGAAGCACAGUAGUGAAAAUCUAUUCUUCAAGCUCCUAUUCAACCUGUGUUAAUGAUCGCUGAUUGACUGGCUUUUGCGAUACACCUGUGUUCCACAGAAAUUUCCAGUGCAGAUCGUAUCAAUAUGUGUGGCUUUUAGUAUGGAACGUGGUUGAAAGCAGGAAUAAUUACACACACAUAUAUACAUAGCAAGGGCUGAUGCUAUGCUUCAGAGUGUUGUGCAGCCACAAACAGUUGUGUUAUGUUAAAUACACGCAGGCUGACAUAACAUAACAUUACCGCACAUAGUUGAACAACAUUUGUGACGGCGGAAUAGAUCGGCCGGAAAUGUCUAGUUCCGAUGGCGAAGGACCCCCUGCAGGGGCCACACCCCUGAUGAUGGCUUGUCAGGCCGGGAACGACGCCCAAGUAAAAAACUGCAUCAAAAAUAAGCCAGAAAUGGUGACACAGAAGGAGGCAAUGGGACGCACGGCCCUCCACUACUGCGCCGAGACAGAGAACGUUCGGUGCGCGGAGCUCUUACUGGCUGCAGCCCCAGAAUUGUUGAACGAGAAGGACGCAGACGGGUACAGCACCCUACAUCUGGCCGUACAGAUCAGCAACAAGCCGCUGUUUCAGCUGCUGAUUCAGAGAGGAGCCAACGUGAACGCUGUGGACAACGAGAAACAUACUGCGGUUCAUUGGGCGGCAGUUUGUGGCAAUGCAGAAAUGCUGGAGCUUCUGAUCGCCCAGAAGGCCAACCCGUCCACCCCCGACUCUCACACAGCAUACCCCAUCCACUACGCAGCCCAGAUGUGCGGCAGUGACGAGGCGGUCGGGAUAAAGAUCAUGAGCAAACUACUGUCCAAGGGAGUGCCUGUAGACUGCAUUGAUCAGGAUGAGAGACAGCCCUUGCUCUGGGCUGCUAGUGGAGGUAGUUGUAAGGCAUGCAAAGUUCUUAUCGAGGCAGGCGCUAAAGUGGAGUCAUCGGAUAAAGAUGGGCUCACAGCCCUUCACUGUGCCUCAAGUCGAGGCCAUGCCGACACCAUCUUCACCUUGGUAACGGAGUGUUCUGCCAAAGUUGACUCUCUGGACAAGAAUGGGUGUACACCGCUGUUCUACUCACUGACCAUGCUCCACCUGCACUGUGCAAACAUUCUGCUGGAGCUGGGGGCUGACCCCAACCAUCAAGAUAAGAAGGGAAGAAGCCCUGCCCACUGCUCUGCAGCCAAAGGGUCCAUUCCUGGCCUUGAGUUGCUGUCCACCCAGCACGGUGACCUGUGGUUGAGGAACAUGAAGGGAGACUGUCCUAUACAUGAGGCAGCCCAGGGAAUGCAUGUCGACACAGUUCUCUACCUCCUGAAGUUGAUGGAAGGGCAGGCCAAUCUGGCCAACAAAGAUGGCCGAACCUGUCUCCACAUUGCUGCCACCAACAAUGACCUUCAGAUGUGCAAGACCCUGAUACAGCAUGGUGCUAAUGUGAAUAUUACUAUGAAACACAAGAAUAAACAUGUAUCUCCUCUUGAUGCUGCUCUCGCCAGAGAUAGCACCGAAUGCGCCACCUAUCUGCGAUCACGUGGGGCUGCAACAGGGGACAAAGUCAUCAACUGUGCAGCUAGAAGUAUUCAGAAAAACUGGAAUUUUCACAAAGAAAAGAUAAUGCAGAAAAGGUCCACUGCACACCCACCUGGAAAAAUGGAAAGCCUUCCUCCAGAGAAACAGUCCAACAAAAUGUCACCAAGGUCGGACACAGAGAUAAAAUCUCCUAGAUUACUAGCAGAUAAUAAUUCACGUGCCAACAACAUUAACAGCAAACAAAGAAAAGAACAAGUCCACUUUAAGAACACACUAGGUGGUCAAACUCAGCCCAAUGACCAGUACAGCCAGCAUGCAAGAACAACCCCUAAACCAAAGUCAGCAGCAGGGGAUGCUGUUAAAACUGGUCCUAAAUCGACCAAAGACAAAACUCUAACACAACAUAAAAACAACACAGCACCGAAGCCUGUACAACAAGCACAGACUCCAAAAAUCGGAGAAAAAUAUUACCAACCAAAGAGCAGUAUAGGGGAAAAAGUUUGGAAAAGUGUCAAAAUAUACGAGUUUAAACGACAAGCAUCACACAACUUGGUAAAGUUUAAACGUCUUCAGAUGAUGUCUGGGACUCCGUCACAAGAUGAAGGGGUACUGGUCAACAAGUUGAUGAAGCUACAAGAGACGGCUGAUGGAGAAAUAGACGUAGAAGCCAUAGCCAACUGGGAUGCAUAUCUGAAAGAGCAAAUCAAGGCAUUAUCAGUCACAACUAAGAAUAAGAAGAUACAGAACUUAAGUGCAUCAUUAGAGAAAGAGUUUGAGCAAGAGGCCAUUAAAUCCAAAAUGAAAGCUGAUGAUGAGAUGAAAAAACAUGAAGAACAUCAACAAAAAAUAGAGGCACAAGAUGAAAUGGACAAGCAGAUUGCUGAGACUGCACUUUCUCAGGCACUGGAGAGAACCAACAGCAUGUACGAAUGCGUCAAUUCCAGGGCAAGCUCUGCCCUUCAGAGGGCACGUGAAAGCAAUUUCCACCUAAAUGAAAACAUGAAGAUAAGACGUGCUGAACGAUUGUCAAAGUCACCAAGAAGUGAUAAUGACAGUCCCAGAGAUAGAGAUCAGAGGGGCAAGAACAAGACUGAGGCAACAAGAGCAGAGAAUGGAACACCACUGGAAAAUGAAAGUGAAAGUGCUGCCACUCAUUGUGAGGUUAAGGAAGGGGGAAAUAGUAAUGAGAUGGGACACCCUGGAAGGUCUCCAAGGGAGAAUAAAGAGAACAAGGAAUUCAUCUAUGAAGAACCACUUCCUUGUCCUUGUAAUUCUCAAAAGUUUUCUCUGCCAAUUAUAAACCAAGAAGGGUCUCGCAAAAGUAGAAAAGCCAUCAUGGAGGAAAGGAGAAGAGUGCAUGAGGAGUGGAGAAAUACACAACUCAGCAGAAGGGAAAAGAGUCUUUUCUCAGCAUACGCACCAUUAUGUAUUCCAAAAGAAGAUGCAGGGACGCCUGGGGGCAAAAAGAAGCUUAGAACCAAAAGUGCCCCUCCAAGGUCUUCACUAAACUUUGAUAACAUGGCUGAAAAACACGAACUGGACCAAAUGGAUCAUGCUCUGCCCAGUGUCUCCACCUAUCCUUCCCGUCCGUCGACCUCUGUGGGUCACCACCGCUCCAGGACGCCCAGCUCUACACCAGACUGUGAAGAUCUUCAAACAGAGAUGAUCAUGACACCAAAUGGAAUAGUGAAAAAGAAGUUGGACUCUCAAGGAAAAGACCCAUCCAGUUUAUCCAGAGCAUCCACCCCAGCACAUGGUAAUUUUUCUCCACGCUAUGAUGGACGUUUGAGGCCAAGGAGUUCUCUGGUCUUCAUGGAUCCAGAUACAUAUGAGGAGAAAAAAAAACAGGAGCAGAAAAAUAAAAACAAGAACAAAACUGAUGCAGAUUCUUCUGAGACACAAGAAGUACCAGCAGAAGUGGCAGCAGAAUCCUAAAACACUACAAUAUAUUCC